AUGGCUCUAUUCUGUACGUUUGCUUGGUCGCGGGAGAUUGCCGAAUCUACACGGCUUCCCACUGCAUUGGUGGCAAUUGUCUCUGUGCUGUUAUUGGAUAUUGCCGUCAACGUUUGCAACACUUCGUGUCGAACAAUUGUCAUCGAUAUGAUCCCUAAAAACCGUCAAGUACUUGCCAAUGCGUGGGGCGGACGGAUGACGUCGACGGGCCACUUGUUGAGCUACUUCUUAGGCUCUGUGAACCUCGAAAGCAUGUUUGGAACCCAGCUCAAGGGUAUUUGCGUGCUUUCGGGCGUGGCGUUAUUCGCUUGUGUUGGCAUCACAUGUCUCAGUGUUACAGAACGCGUGUUGAUCGCUCCAUUUGACCGGCCUAGCAAAUGGGCUCAACUGCGAUUCAAAUUCGGCGUGCUUUGGCAGCAUGUCACCAACUUGGACCCUGAGCUUGCCUCUAUUUUCAGGGUUCAACUUUACGGUUGGUUCUCAUGGUUCACGUUUAUGUUCUUCGGGGCAACUUGGGCUAGUGAACUGUGGAGACAGUCCAACCCCGACGGAACCACCGAUGAUAGUGCCAGAGCUGGUGCAUGGGCUCUCACUCUUUUCUCUUGCUCUGCCACCUUCUUCUCGUUUGUGAUGCCCCUCUUCCCUCUGAAUCUCGUGCUGUUCUGGGGCAUAUCAUACGUGGUAUACGCUCUAGCGAUGGUCGCUGUGGGGUUCGCUACAAACUACAACUGGGUAUUGGGUAUUUUUAUUACUUGCGGUUUCUCUUGGUCCUUCAACAUGUGGGCGCCAUUCUCCCUAACCGGUGAACGUGUCCAUCAGUUGCCGGCAAUUGGGUCGCAAGAUGAAAUUUCAAGUAUAGAGUCUGAAACUGACGUCGUCGCAUGCCAAGAGCUCGAGGGCGAUGAUUUGGUAGCAGAGGAAAUGUUCAGUGAGGAGUCAGGAGUCUAUCUAGGACUGCUCAUGUCUUCCAUCAUGCUGCCCCAGAUCGCGUCAACGAUCGUAUCAUUUAUUGUGUUCCGGCUGAUCGGAUCUGGCCAUGACAAUGAUGGCUAUGCUAUCGGAGUCACGUUGAGAUUAGGCACUGUUGUAGCGCUGCUGGCAGCGUAUGCCACCACCAAAGUUUCUAGCAGACCUAUUAGCCUAUGA